AUGAGCGCGCGCACCAAGCGCCUAGAUCGCAGCCUGGGAAGUAGUUGGGGCAAUGCUGACUAUACAUCUGACGAAGGCGGCUCCACCCCUUCAGCGAGCGACGCUGCUAGUGACCAGGAACUAGAAGCUUCAGACAAAGAGGUCGUGCAAGAGCCUGUCUUAGACUCCAUUGUUACCCCCAGGCCCAAGCGCCAUCAUCUCAGUCAUUCGACGCCAACGGCGCAGUCACAGGAUGCUUCAGACAGGAAGCAAGCAAACCGUACAAAAGCUAGCCAGUUCCAGAGAAUAGGACCCGACACAACCAUCCCCAGACCCUUCCCGAGAGAUCAAAGAUCGCAUACACGGGACUCUUCUGGGCCCAGCCUUAUCAUGCCUUCCAUGGAGAGUUCAGGUUAUGAUGGGUCGCCUGUCCAAAAAUCGCAACCACGAAACCGAACCAGAAAUACACAACAUAACACUUCAUCAAAUUCACGCCGUACGCCUCGCAGAUCCUCCACACAGGGGUCAUCGGAUGCCCAUCGUCGGCCACCAAAGCAGAGACAGGAAGAAGUCAGCCCAUGGCACUAUGUCAAUCUCUUUUGGGAAAAUGUGGGUGCUCCAAUCUUUACUCACUUCUUAGACAUUUUCGCCUACGCUGUGAAACAUUUCAUCAAGCCAUUUCUGGGCGUUGUCUUGGGUGUGGGUAUUUUGGUAUUUGGAAUUCAGCUGGCAUCCGGAAUGCUUCGCUCUACAAUUUCAAACGCCGUCAUGGGUCCUGUGUGCGCACUGCCAGGCUCUUCCUACCUCAUCCCCGCUUGCGCCACUGCAGAUUCAUUUGCUGGGAACCAAGCCGACUUCGAAGAGCUUAUCAACGUCCAAGGCAAGUUCGAGGAUAUUCUUGAUGCAUCAAAAGACACGUCGGCGCUGCCUGCGACAAUCAAGAACUCCGAGCUCGCCAUCCGGGACCUGCGCAUCCUAGUCAAACAUUCGCGUCUACCUAGUCGAAAAGCGCUAGAAAACGAAUUCGAAUACUUUAUCCAAACGGCAAACGAGGCCUCUGUCGAUUUAUCACGCUACAACAGCCGGAUAGGUGCUGCGAUGGACCGGGUCAUCGCGACCAAUACCUGGACUAUGAACGUGCUCUCGGGCAUCUCAGAACAAGACGCCUCUAUUGGCACUGUCGGAAAGAUAAUCCGCCAAAUGACGGGCGCAUUUGUUGCGCCGCCGCCUUCGCUCCAAGAACGCAUCUUCGACCAAUACGUGCUGCACGUGAGCAAGAACAAGGACGAAAUCACACGGCUGAUUGAAACCGCUCAAGCGCUUCUCCUCGUCCUCAACAAUCUUGAGGAGCGUCUGACUACCAUUUUCGACAUUGCCACCACUGACGACCAGUCUAUUACCCGCUCCCAGGAAGAACUCCUGUCCUCGCUCUGGACAAGACUCGGUGGCAACCGUGGCAACGUCAAAGCAAACAAACGAUCGCUCACCCUCCUCUCAAACAUCAGCGCCUACCGCCAAAAAGCUGUCGUGCACGUUUCCGAAACACUGCUCAAGCUCCAGGAAAUUCAAGCUGGACUGGAAAAUCUGCGUGAAGGCGUUGCGGCGCCUGAGAUGUUGGGUUACAAGAGUGGGAUUCCUGUGCAGGUGCAUAUUGAUACUAUUGGUAAAGGGGUUGAGAGGUUGCAGGUCAGUCGAGGAGAGCAGCUAAGAGCUGAGGGUGACACGUAUAGGAGACUUAUGCGGGGCGGUGAGGAUGCGGAUGGAAGGAGGGAAUUGCCUGGGCCGACUGUUAUAGUCAGAGCGAGGUAA